AUGUCUAGUUUUGGUGCAUACAUUUCAGGAGAGAGUAGUAGUGAAGGCAGUGGGUUACAUCAUUUAUCACCAACACAUCCUCACGAAAGAUCAAGUUCAAUUUCUCCUCAAAGAAAACAAAGAAAACAAUAUACAAUCACGAAAAAAAGAGAAGUUUGGACAGACGAAGAACAUGCCCUUUUCUUAGAGGGGUUAUCUUUGUAUCAUCGUGACUGGAAAAGAAUAGAACAACAUGUCAAAACUAAAACCGUUGUACAAAUACGAAGUCAUGCUCAAAAAUACUUCCUAAAACUCCAAAAAAUGCAACAACAAAAUCCAUCUUCUUCUCAAGAUCUUCCAUUGGUAAAUUCUAAUUUGUCUGACAAAAAACCAUUAAGUACUCUUGAAAAUGGGAAGAAAAGAAGAAAUUCAUUAUCUGCUUUUACCCCUGUUGAAAGCACUCUUGAGUAUUCUAUUAUUAACUUUUCUAAUUCUGAAUUUAAUUCUCCCAUCAACCCUUCUUCUCCUUUUAAUGAACCAGUUAACACCCAGCGUCACAAUCAAUAUUUCCAUCCGAUUUAUACCAAUUAG